AUGGAGUCACUGCCACCAGAAUUGAUCUCCCGAGUGGUGGACUACAUUAUUUCCGAUAGAGAUGCAGGAAGACAUCCUCGUAUUUCCCUGGCCCCAUAUGCCACUCUGGACCGUCGCUGGCAGGCCAUCAUUGAAAGACAGACGUUUUCGGAUAUCUGCAUCAAUACCACUAAGCGAUUGGAAGAGUUUCAACGGCUAGUAUCUACCACACACAGAAGAGCUUCUAUCCGAAUAAUUGCGUUGCGCGUGGAGCUAGAGUCAUACGAUGUAAAAGCGCGCGCCCGAUUCGAGACAGACGAGGAACGCCAACGAAACAACAAGAUCUUCACUACGACUAUCAGCACUCUUUUUAGAACCCUCUCAGGCUGGUCAGAUAUUGCUGGAAUACAUCUGGGCAUCAGGGCACAGUCCCCUAGCGACUAUCUCGCUCUUAAGAGCAAUGGAGAGAUAAAGCAACGACUACGAGAGGCCAAAUCACGAGUGAACGAUCUUCUUAGUCAGAGAUAUGAGAGAUCUUACCUUGAGUUCUCCAGAACAACCACUGAUUCCGAGUGCCCGCCUGUCUUUGCGAUAGCCUCUCUCUCAAUCCAAGGGCUCGCAAAAGAGCGGCUAAUCGAGCCCGCGUCGAGUGUGCUUAUUGCGUCAAAGCUGCCGCGGUUAAACUGCGUGCGGCUGUGUAUGAAGGAUGAUUGCAAGCGAGACGAGCAAUUGAGAGAACGUCUUCGUAAUGAAUUGUUUUCGCCGUUCAGUCCGCAGGACGACGAUACCAACCUGCCAUUCUGGCCGAAUCUGAUUGAUGUUAUUGUGGAGUAUCCGCAAGUAACACCGUCUGGAGAGUGGCUCUGUCAAAGGGAGCCAGAGGAGGCUGUGGAUGAUGACACGGACGAUUCUUACGACUAUUUCCUAGAGAAUGAGAACGCCUAUCCCGAAUACGUGCGGAUUCCUCUCGAGGAUCGCAAGAGGAACUAUUUCCGAACAAGGAUCAUUGCGGGUUCUGUCGAUAGAUUUUACCUUUCGGCUGGUCGGGCGGCCCUCCGAAUGCCUAAGUUGAGAGAGAUGAGGCUCGUGAAUACUUCCCGCCCGGAGUACUCAUUCGAGUAUAAAGUGCAAGCGGGAAGGGCGAAGCUCAUCUGGAGCAAUGAAGACAUGUCCGACCCAAGUGAAACCGACGCUUCGGCAAGAUUAGAAAAGGCUAAGCGCAUAUAUCAGCCGGAUGAGCAGGUCUUCCAGAUUUGGAGAAAAGUUGCCCUUCAACACACUGGAAGUGAACUCGAGGUUGAAUUUACAGAGUGGGGAACAUGGAGAAUACAGUAG